UCGAACAACAAGGGAAGUCGGGAUUGUUGUUUCGUCAAAAGCCAAAAGCUUUUUAAAUAGCAAAAUUUGUUAUUGUGCGACAGAAAAUAGCUACAAAUAAUCUGAAAAUUGUUCAGAUUUGAAAAUUUCCCUCUCAAAUUUAUAAUUUGAACAUGGCUGGUGUUACUCGUCGCAUUUUGAAGGAAACACAGCGUUUGUUGUCGGAUCCCGUCCCAGGCAUUAGUGCGGUCCCCGAUGAAAGUAACGCAAGAUAUUUUCACGUUUUAGUUGCCGGACCCGAGGGAUCCCCCUUCGAAGGCGGGAUUUUUAAACUGGAACUGUUUUUACCUGAAGACUACCCUAUGUGUCCCCCUAAAGUAAGGUUUAUCACCAAAAUCUACCACCCUAACAUUGACAAGCUUGGCCGCAUUUGCCUGGAUAUUUUAAAAGAUAACUGGAGUCCUGCUCUGCAAAUAAGAACUGUACUUCUUUCUAUUCAAGCACUUCUCAGUGCCCCCAAUCCAGAUGAUCCUUUGGCGAACGACGUUGCCGAACAGUGGAAAUAUAACAAACAGGAUGCUAUCGAAAUUGCUAGAGAGUGGACAAUGAUUUAUGCAAAGAAAUAACUUUUAAUUUAUCAUUGUAAAUGGAACUGAUAAAUCUUGCAUUUACUGCUUCUCGUUGUUUAUAUCAGAUGAUUAUCAGCUUAUGAGAUUUAUCUUUAUUCUAUAAAGUGGAGUACAUAGGUAUGUCAAAAGAGCUGAUAUUG